GCAUAGGCAAAAUAUUGCUCUUGGAGCACACAAAAAAAGAGAUGCAUGUUGAGAGGGGGGUUUAAUAGUCGAGUGUUAAAUGUCUGUCUCAUUUUUGCAUGAAUGCAUGUGUUAAAUCUUGCUAAAUUUGCAUGUAAUUUCGAAAAUGCAUGAACAUUUUGUAUUUGCAUGUACAAUGAGCGUCGUGGUGGAGAUGAUGUUGGUGGAGCUCAUGCAGAUGAUGAUGGACGACCCGAUGAUAGAUGAUGAUGGACCACCUGAUGACGAUGACCAGCAGACGAUGACAGAUGAUGAUGGACUGCCCGAUGACCAUGACCAGCAGAUGAUCACAGAUGAUGAUGGACCACCCGAUGACGAUGACCAGCAGACGAUGACAGAUGAUGAUGGACUGCCCGAUGACAGAAGAUGAUGGACUGAAGACAGGUUUGAUGGGUGGUAUUACUCAGUUUUCUUGCAUUCUAUCCUGUGCAUGCUGGUUUUCCUGGUGGUCUGCACUAAAUGUGUUAUACAUUAAGUGAAAUUCCUAUUUCCUAUUUUGACAUUGAUGAUAAAUAAAAAUUCCGGAUUGCAUGCAGAGCAAUUAAAUUAAUGUAUACAGCAUGUUUGAUUCUUGAAAAUGCAUGUUCCUGUUUUAUUACUUAAUGUGUAAUGCAAUUGGUGAAAUUAAUGCAUGAUAUUACUAAAGUAUCCAAUGGUGUGGCUAAAAAUGAUGAAGCAUGAACUCAACUUGA